UCGCAAUGGGGGGAUCACAAAGCGUAUUUACCGAGGAAGAACUGGAUGAUUAUCAGGAACUAACAUAUUUCACAAAGAAGGAAAUUUUACAUGUGUACAAACGCUUCAGAGAAUUAGAUCCAGAGAAGGUAUCAGAGGUUAACAAGAAUGUGCAGCUGAAUAAUGAAACCAUCUUGGAGCUUUCAGAACUGAAGGUGAAUCCUUUCAAAGAUCAGAUCACAAAGGUGUUCUCCUCUGAUGGAAGUGGAAAUAUGACAUUUGAAGAUUUCCUUGACAUGAUGUCUGUCUUUAGUGAUAACGCACCAAAGAAUGUUAAAGUUGAAUAUGCCUUCAGGAUCUAUGAUUUUGAUGGUGAUGACAUGUUGUCCAGUCGAGACUUGAAGGAGGUAGUUGAUCGUCUGACAGGAGAAGGACAGAAACUUGGAGAUGAAGAAAUGCAGCAGCUCAUUGAUAAUAUAUUUGAGGAAGCUGACUUAGAUGAUGAUGAAUCACUGUCUUUUGCUGAGUUUGAACAUGUCAUUUCCAAGGCUCCUGAUUUUGUAAACUCUUUCAGGAUUCGAUUAUAAAAGACAACAGACAUGUACAUGGGACCAACCAAUGGAUGUGUGACUACAGGUUCAAGAAGUGACAUUCAGGUUAAGACUGAUGACAACUAUACAAGUUAGAAAGUGGAUAUAACCUUAUGAUGCUAGAUCUGUACUAAUUAACAUUUGUAGUUUAAAUUCACAUAAGUAUAUCUUUUAUUUAAAUCAUCUUCAAACUUGUCCGCUGUACAUCCCACCUUUAUCAGUUCUGUCUUAUGUCACAUACUUAUAAUAUGGCCAUCAGAUUUUGCAUUGUUGUCAAAUUUUAGGAAUAUGUUGGUAAAGAAAAAAAAAAAAUUCCAGUGUAAUUUUUGAACAUCAGUAAGGCUUCAACAAGGGGCAUUUAAUUGGAUUACAUCUACAACGCUCAUGUUAACAUAUCAUUAACUAAGACUACGUGACAGAGUUUCUAGAUGGUUUGGAUUUACAAUGAUCACUCCAGCUUUGAUUUUAAUUUCGGAUAUUGUAUAAAAAGUGUAAUCCUGUGUUUUAAAUUUACUGGUUUUUAGCUGGAUCCUAUGUUAGUCCCAUACAUUUUAAUAUCAAUCAUAAUACUUGUAAUAUUGUGAUUUUAAUCUUUGUGUGAAAGUAUGUGCAUAUAAAUUGAAAACAAAUUCUUAUAUCAGGAAAACGUUAGUUUGUUUUUUAAUGAUCUGUAUCAUAAUACAUCCUGUGUCUGACAUCCUACAAAGUAUUGUGAUGCAUUGUUAUCAGUUAAAUACUAACUGCUUUUCUUGUAAAACAUUUCAUGUUUAAACCACCACUUUGUAAUAAAACAAGCUCAGAAAUGUGACAAAAAUUUUUUUUGUAUGGUUAUAGUAGGUAUAUUUUCACAUUCAACACAUACUCCAGAAACAAUUGAUUCUGUAUUUUUUUUUUUUUUUUCGUUUUCAUUUCUAAUAACCUGUUUUGUCUUCAUUCUAAUUCAAUUUUGUGACUUAUAUAAAAGGAUUUAUUUGCAAAAAAAAAAAAAAAUAAUAGUAGGGGUAUUUUGCAAUAUAAAUAUGUAAUCUGUCUUGUUUUGUGAAUUGUUUGUAAAGAGUUUAACUAAUCACACCGUAUAUUCUCUUGUCAAUAAUGUUUUGUUUGUACACUCAUUCAUCACCUUAGCAGGUUGUGCCUUCAAUUUUUAUAUAUCAGGAAUAUUAUUCUGUCAAAAAAGUUCAUAAAUUGUGUAUAUAUAUCUGUAGAUCAUGUCAAAAUUUAUCACAUGUAUGUAAAGUUAAACUAUGUGGUGAAUGAAUGAUUUAGUAUUAAAAUCCAGUCACAUAGAUUUGAUAUAAAUUCUAAUUCCUUAGCAGCUGUGUGUCAAUCAAUACAGUUUUGAAGUCAGAACAAAGCAAAUGGAAAGAUAAACACUCCACUGAAGAUUCAUUUAUUCUUCUUUUGUAUCAACUUUAUGAGCAGUAUUUUUAUGCUACCACCAUUUGUGCGGUGAAACGGGCACAAUUGAGGAAACAACACAUUGCAAAUAUUUAAAAGAGGAACAGAAAAUAGUGACUGAUUUUAUUUCUAUGCACAAAUUGUAAAAGCUGCUGUGAAAACUUAAGACACAAAUCUAUUUCUACUCAUAUAUUUUGUAUUGUAAAUAAUUAUAUUAGUUUGUUAUACCAUGAAAUCAUGUUAUUGUUAAACCAAUGUUUGUUCUCAAAUCCAUUCAAAUGUGGAAGAUCACUGGUUGAUUUUCCAAUUUCAAAUAAACUUUAUUCUGUUUUAGACAUAA